AUGGCAAUGCAACAAUCCAGCGAUAUUUAUGUUCCGCUCGAUAUUCAGUACUUGAUACUUGAAAGUGCAGACUGGGACGAUCAUGCAAUACUUGCACAAGUUUGCUCUACGUGGAGGAAUUUCCUUCAGACAUCACAUACUGCCCUCGACAAGCGGUACCAAUCUAUUUAUGAGAUCUUCCCCGUUAUACCCUUGGGUAGUCAAUUCACAACGCCCAAGAUACAUAGAGCUCUAUCAGGACGUUAUAUGGUGCUGGGAUCCGGCUUCGAGUUCAAUUUCUGUCAUUGGGUGCCCUUCGGAGCCAGCCAGUAUAAAAGCCAUGGAACAAUACACCAGGAGGCUAAGUUCAUCGGCUUCUUCUCUAAAGACCCCGCAAUGAGACUUCCUUCCAGGCCCGGCGAUCACAUCAACAUAGCGACUCGCAGGGCCGAUAUAUGGUUCCAACGCAACUUCGAUCAGGGGUACCCGAUGUCCCUCGAUACUGGGGGCAGCAUCCCGACUGUUGGGCGACUUCUUUACGGUGCACUCAGCAUCGCAGAAAAUGGGUAUACCGGCGCCGACCACGCCGUCACUCUUCUGGAAUGUUGGGCCCAGGCCUUCUACGAUCCUGUAGUCUUUGGGAUAGCGUGGCGAGUGCAAUGUAUAUUAGGGGGAGGCCCUCCCUAUCUGGACCUUAGUUUCGACAUUCAGCAAGUUGGUACGGGACGGAAGGAAGGAGCGACCGCAUCGUUUCUUCAAGGAGUGUCGCCGUUCUUUACCCCAUUAGUAGUACUUCUUCUUCGUCAGGCUUUAGCCUUUCGAACCAAGGCGGCCCUUAUGUUUAGUUUACAGAGACUAGUUCCUACACUCAGCAGGACCACGUGGGCUACUGGUAUUUGCAGCUUCCUUGCCCUUUUAUUUUUCCUUCGAACGGGGUGGUGGUACCCUCCUCCCGCGUUUUAG